GAAAACACGAAUAUUCAUCUAAUAAAGAGAAAUACUUCAGUUCAUCCAGUUAGUAGGAGCAGCAUUCAGGCACUUAUCUAAUGUGAUAUAAAAAUAUGGCGAUGAUGAGUGUGAAAUCACGCUGAUAUUUACCCCUGGAGAUGAUGACGCAAACUGUGGGGUUUCUGUUGUCCUGGUAACGCGUCAACGGUAUCCGGGAAUGGCGAGCUUGCUGGGGGAAACUCUGUUUGAGAUCAGUGGACAAGGUCCUGCACCUAUGAAGGACUAUUUCCACUUUGCAAUUACACAGUCUGAGGUUAUUUGGAGCUGGUGGAAGAUUUCUUUGAGAUCAGACUGCAGGAACACACCACCAGGACAACUGAGAGAAUCACAUGAAGACUUUUUAGAAGACAGCCGUCUGCAAAAUCAAGUGGCCAUGGUAUUCGGUCCUCGCAUCUUGCAGUACUCCAAUAACUUAUGCCAAGGCCGCUAUGAUUACAUUGCCCGUCUCCCCAAUGCUUUACUUUUCAACAUCAUGGCACAUCUAGACCUUGAAGACAUUUCAGGUCUUUCACGCACCUGCCGUAAGUUUAGAGAGCUUUGUAACUCUGAGGAGUUCUGGGAGCAGACAGUAAGGAAGCAUUGUGACACUGUGACACCAACAGUGGAAGCUUUAGCUAAGGAAGUUGGCUGGAGAACAAUUUUCUUCACUAACAAGCUGCAGCUGCAGAUGCAGAUUAGCCGCCGGAAGCAGAAGGAGAAUCAGCCCUGUGAAGAUAUAAACGAGCCAAGUUCCUCUUCUGUUCCUUUGGAGUGAAUGGCUUAAGACCCUAUUCAAUGUCUGAUUAAGACUUUCUUUCUCAGAACACCAUUUUUGUUUUUUUCGUGUAUGAAAGUUUCACUGUUGAAAACAGUGUGCACAAUGACUUUGUUGUAUAUCUGGCAGACUGUUACAUUUACUCAAAUCAUAAAAGUUUUUGAGCCAAAGUCCAGUUUUGAGGCAAAAAACAAACAUACUUUGCAUUUCACAACUUGUAAGACAAACUCAUAAUCGCUCAUUUUCUGGCAUAAUUAUUACAUUAUUUGGAGUUAUUUUAAUACAUAUCCAGUUUUUUUAGCAUGCAAGUUCUUUACUCUACCAGACAUAAAUGAUAACUCUUACAGUUCCAACAGUCCUGUUCAGAUGCCAAUUUUUGUGAUACAAAUUUUGAAUGUUGUGUUAUUGCAAGAAAUGUAUUCAUUACAAAUAAAUAUUACAUUUUAAUGAUAAAA